AUGGCGACAGUUCAUACUUCUCUUGUAAUAGCAGCAGUCAAGAAGUGGAAAAUUCAUCAUAUGGAUGUACAUAAUGCCUUCUUGCAUGGUGAUUUAGCUGAAGAGGAAACAAUUCAGAUUAAUGUGCUUGUAUAUGUGGAUGAUAUGAUUACUGCUAGCAAUGAUAUGAUGGCCUUGGCAAUCUUUAAAGACUAUCUUGGAAAAUGCUUCAAAAUGAAAGAUCUGGGGUUUAUGCAACAGCCCGAGGAAGAGCAUUGGGAAGAGGAAUUACGUGUUGUUCGCUAUUUGAAAAAUAAUCUUGGCCAAGGGAUAUUAUUACAUGCUGACAGCACAUUACACUUGGAAGGAUGGUGUGAUUCUGAUUGGAUGCCUGUUUUCCAUGAGCGGAUAAAACAUAUUGAGGUAGAUUGUUAUUUUGUUCGAGAUGUGAUUACAAAGGUCUUAAGUGUUCCCUCGUAUGUGCCUAUAAAGCAACAAUUGGCGGACAUUUUUACGAAAGCUUUGGGUCGAUCACAGUUUGAUUUUUGCUUGGAGAUCUAUUUGGAUGCCAUUGAAAUCUUAUCAUCUUCUCCUUCAUCUAUAUAG